AUGCAGAGCAGCUUCAAGACGGUUCCUUUCAACCCUGAUUUCUACUCCCAAGCCUCUUUCUUCUUCAGAAACAGAGGAGAUAGUUGUCUUGAAGAGUUUCAUCAACCCAACAAUGGUUUUGUUCACCAUGACGAAGCUAUUGAUUUAAGUCCAAAUGUCACUAUUGCUUCCGCCAACUUACACUACACGACGUUUGAUACGGUCAUGGACUGUGGCUUGAGGGAGAGACUUGAAGGAGAAGAUGGGUGUUUGGACACAGGGCAGUUAGUGUACCAGAGAGGGACAAGAGGAGUAGGAGGAGAAGUAAACAGCAGUUUAGAGAAGUGGGGCGAUUCGGUUUCAGCCAUGGCUGAUAACAGUCAACAUACUGACACUUCCACAGAUAUUGAUACUGAUGACAAGACUCAGUUAAAUGGAGUGCAUCAAGGGAUGCUUUUGGCUACAAAUUGUUCAGAUAAAUCCAAGACACUUCGAAGACUUGCUCAGAACCGGGAGGCUGCUAGGAAAAGUCGAUUGAGGAAAAAAGCAUAUGUUCAGCAGCUUGAGAACAGCCGAAUCAGGCUAGCACAGCUAGAGGAAGAGCUCAAAAGAGCUCGCCAACAGGGAUGUUCGGUUGAAAGCGGAGUUUCAAGGGAUCAAACUCAAUUGUCUGCUGGGAAUGGUGCCUUUUCAUUUGAGUUGGAAUAUGCACGUUGGAUGGAGGAACAUCAAAGGCUGAUAAACGACUUAAGAGCCGGUGUCAACUCGCAGUUAGGUGACAACGAGCUACGCGUGCUAGUUGAUGCCGUGAUGAGUCACUACGAUGAAAUAUUCAGACUGAAGGGAAUUGGCACUAAAGUCGACGUCUUCCACAUGCUCUCAGGCAUGUGGAAGACACCCGCCGAGAGAUUUUUCAUGUGGUUAGGUGGAUUCAGAUCAUCUGAGCUACUCAAGAUAUUGGGAAACCAUGUGGAUCCAUUGACGGAUCAGCAGUUGAUAGGCAUCUGCAACUUACAACAGUCGUCUCAGCAAGCAGAGGAUGCAUUGUCACAAGGCAUGGAAGCUCUGCAACAGUCGCUUCUCGAGACGCUUUCCUCUGCUUCAAUGGGUCCAAAUAGUUCUGCAAACGUUGCAGACUAUAUGGGUCAUAUGGCAAUGGCCAUGGGGAAGCUUGGCACUCUCGAAAACUUCCUUCGCCAGGCAGAUCUGUUGAGGCAACAAACUCUGCAACAGCUUCACAGAAUUCUCACCACAAGACAAGCUGCUCGUGCCUUUUUGGUCAUCCACGACUAUAUUUCUAGGCUAAGAGCACUUAGCUCUCUAUGGUUAGCCCGACCUAGGGACUAACUAAGCCCUGUCAAUGACCCAAAUGAAAGCAUAGUUCUGGUCUUAGAUUUUCACAUUCACAUAUUUUAUAACUAAUUAGAGUAUUAGACCAUAGCUCUCUCCUCUU